AUGCAUAAUGAUGGUGGAAGUAUGGAAAAGAAUGAAUCAACUGUAACAAUCAGAUCUGCAAAACAAUCUCGUGUGUGGGCUUAUUUUGAAAGAAUCUAUGGUGAUGAAGGUUUAAGAGCGAAGUGCUUAGUUGGUGAUUGUUCGAAGAUCCUGUCAACACCGCUUCAUUCGACAUCAACGUUGAUUCGACAUUUACGUGAUGUUCAUGAACUGGAUGAAUUUAAGCCGAAGGAAAAGCUGGUGUAUCGUUCAAAGCAUAAACAUAUACCGAUUAAAUUAAAGAAGCAGUUAGAUCGUGCUGUUGUAACAGCAAUAAUUGAAGAUGGUCGUAGUUUCGGCGAUUUUUCGAAAUCUGGUUUUCGAAAAUUUAUUCAGUUAGCUUUACCGGGUUAUAAACCUCCACAUCGAAUUUCAAUUAGCACUCAAUUGAAACGUCUUCAUACAAAGCAUUUUUUUAUUAUGGUGAAUUCGUUGUCUAAAUUAUUAUGUAUCUCUGUUAGUACAGAUUUCUGGUCCGACAAUAAAGGUAUAUCGUUUUUAGUAUUAACUGGUCAUUAUGUCACAAACGAUUUUGUUUCGAAAUCAACGAUACUACGAUUUUGUUCUUUUGAAAAAAGACACUUUUCUCAUUUGAUUGGUUUGGAAAUCGAGAAACUCUUAAUUGAAUUACAAGUUUUUGAUAAAGUUACGAGCAUCACAUGUGAUUCUGCGCCAAAUAUGAUUAAAAUGUUUGAUUACUUUUCACGUCUUGAUAUAACACGUAUUCGUUGUCAUGCACACCUCCUUCAUCUUAUUGUUUGUAAUGGCCUUGGUCUCUGGAUCGAUAAUAAAGAAAAAAUAAAGGCUACAACUAAUGAUACAAAUCUACAUGAUUCUGAAAUACGUCUUAGUGAUUCCUUACAAAAAAUUAAUAUAAUUGAUGAUGAACAAUUAAUUAAUGAAGUACAUGUUGUUCAAAGUGAUGGUGAACAUCCUGACACAGAUGAUGAAAGAGAAGAUUCAGAUGAAGAAGAUAAUAAUAAUAUCAAUCAAGAUGAUGACGGUGGUAAUUUUUCAGAUGAAGGUGAUUCGAUUUCUAUCAAUAGUGAAUCAGAUAUCGAAGGUUCAGAUGAUUCAUAUCAAAAUAACUUUGAAGUUGGUAUUGAUGUACAUCCAAGUGAAACUUCUGAUCUAUUAUCACCUGAACCUGAUCCACGUAUUUGUUUAGUUGUCGAAAAAAGUCGACAACUUAUUGAUAUUAUAAAAGAUUCUUCAAUUUUAUCAUCAUUCAUUAAAAAGAAAAAACAAGAAUAUAAUCAAUACAAUGAUAGUAAAGUAAAGUGUUCAUUAUUCCUAGAUGUACGUACUCGUUGGAAUUCAACGUACAAGAUGUUGCACACAUUAAAUAUAUACCGACCAAUAAUCAUUGAAUUAUUUCAAAAUAAAACAAAUUUGGAUAUAACAAAAAAACAACAACAACGUUUAAAUGCAUUAGAAUUGAGAAGUGAUUGUUGGUAUGUAAUUGAAUUAUUAAUUAAAAUAUUGAAACCGUUUUAUCGAGCUACUAAGGCAAUUAGUGGUAGUGAUUAUCCGACAAUAGGAAUUACAUUAUUUAUUUUUCGUCGUCUUGAAAAAGAUUUGUUAUCCAAUAUUAGCCCAACAGAUGAUCCAUUAUUCAACAAUAUGAAAGAAUGUUUAUUAAGUAAAAUGAUUUAUUAUAAUAUGUUGUAUGGAUACUUCGAUCCUUAUGGUAUAUCAGUUAUGACAAAUAAUGAAAUUAACAAAAUAGAAAAUGAAAUAAAAUAUAUAAUUCGUCAACAAACAUCAAACAGUUCAACACAAGCAUCAUCAACAACAUCUUCAAAUACAAAUGGAUCAUCAGCAACAGAAAACGAGAAAAAAAAAUCAUUACUCAAUUAUUUUCUUGAUUCAUUAGCUGAUGAAGAUACUCAACACGUCAAAAAGCAAUCCUCAACGUUAAAUAAGAUAUUAAAUGAUGAAUUUAAAACUUACAAAAAAUUAGCUGGCCACUUUGUAUCAACAUCAACUGAUUUACAUCAUUCACUUCAAUUUUGGAAGACAAACAAGUCGUUAUUGCCCAAUUUGGCACCACUUGCACAAAAAUAUUUAGCUUCUCCAAGUACCAGUACAAAAUCUGAAUCAGCAUUUAGCAUGUCUGCCUAUUAUGGCCGUAAACAACGAGCUCGACUUUCUUCAGAAAAUCUUGGAUUCUCCGUUUUUCUCAAAGAUAAACUGUCAAAUGAAAAUUAA